AUGACUCAAAAGUUAUCGCCUAAAAUGCGGGACUCCCCACCUCCUGGCUAUGCAGCCUCCUCACCGUUCCCAGACCCUGGUGGAAUCGAAGGAGAAUUUCUCGAGGAACAAGUUGGUGGAGGCAGGCGCCUACCGACUCCGCCGCCAGUACAGACCCCAACUCGACUCCGCGGUACCAUCAAAGCUAUGGACCGUGACAUGGGUCUAGUUAAGGAGGCAUCUGCGCGUCGGGCAAGGCUGGUUCUUCAAGAGCCACCAGCUGACGUGGGACAUGGCCCAUUGCUCACCGAGGCCCACAACCAGCCACGGGCGCAGCCUCACCAACAAUCUGUCGAGCCUCGCCAACAAUCUGUCGAGCCUCGCCAACAAUCCGUUCAGCCUCGCCAACAAUCCGUCCAGCCUCGCCAACAAUCCGUUCAGCCUCGCCAACAAUCCGUCCAGCCUCGCCAACAAUCUGUCCCUCUCCCCACUUUCAUCCCUCCUGUUAACCGAGCACGCAGCCUGGGUGUGCAGCUUAAGCCAACAUCGCCAACAUCGGCAGAUGUUUUUUACGAGCCUCCCGAGCCUCCUCUCUCCAUGGCUGACCAUCGUCAGAAACUCUUCCAGCCUCCGCAGCCCAACAUGUCGACAAAACCUGCUGUUUUUGAGCAGGAGUCUUUCGACUUCAACGGUAUGAUCAACGGGAGUUUUGAUCACCGCGACGACACCAUCCCCAGACCAUCUACCAUGCAACUCACCAUCCCUGCAACACGCAUCAUACCUCCGACCCCUGCAGGCCUGGGGAACUGGGAUAUGCCCACAGGCCUUGGGGACUGGGAUAUGGACCCCCCUUUUGCUCCUUUUUCUGGGGACGCUGUCAUGGACCCUGCCAUGAAUGAGGCUGAUGUCAUGAACGAGGGUGAUGUUGGCCCUUCCUUUGUGAGAGGCCGAAGAAACGACGAGACGAAUGCCGCCCUGCAAGAGGGCUUCGUAGAACUGGAACGUGUCAUCAAUGACCUCGCCCGCAUCACAUCAAUCCCCUCCCCCCAAAUUAUUUCAUUAUGGAACAAGAGUCACGCACGCACUGUCAACAACGUGAACCACUGGAACGCAUAUGCCAAUUACUUCAAAAAUAACCUCAAGCAGGAGCUUAGCAGGCUUGGAGACGAGGCCCCAGAGGCUCCCAGCACGCCAAGUGCCAGCGUCUGCCGCAAAUGCUACGAUGCUUUCAAAAAAUCAUUCCCAAACGACUGGCAGGAUAUUCUCGAGAUUUAUGGUGAGACUGCGUUAUUCCUCAGUGGACCUCAGACAGUUUCCGCACGGGGACAGGAGUUCCAAAAAUUUACGAAGAAGCUCUCUGGAUUAAUGGACACCGGAGCGGCCCGUUUCGGCUUCGAGGCUGCACUUGUAGCCUGCGGCAAAGUCGUCAAUCAAGAUGGUUCUUUGGGCAUGGCCCAUACAACAUCUGGAGCUGGUGAUUUUUGGUUGUCACGGUGCAAGGCUGACGAAGAUACCAUCAUCGGCCAUUUGAAAGCGCAAGUAUAUAACCUUGCAUCUCUGGCUGUGGUCGAAGAGGCCUUUGAGGACGAGGUUGUGGAGGUCCAGGGCAACCCCCACGUGGCUUCAAAACCCCCUGCAGAAUGUAUCGACAUCACAAAGAAUGGACUCAAGUGGAUUAAGGACGAGAUAUCUCGUCAAAUCAACAUCCACGGUGGCAAACUAUCAUCCCUCAAGAUUUUUCCAUGGAAGACGCUGCCAUCAGAGCUCGCGCGCAAUUCAUUGGUCAUCAAGGGCUAUCCGGACGAUGUGCUCCUCCCCGGCGGGGUUCAUUCCAAUGCCAAUAAAGGAAUUGCGAACUUGACUCUCAAGGAGAUCGGCACCAUCGUCGUGGCGUUGCAGGCUGGCACUAUGUAUGUCACAAAGGUUUCCGGAGCCAAGCAAGCUAAACUUGUGACUUCUGAGGUCCCAAUACUGGUGGGUGCACCCCUUGCAGGAGAUUCUGAGCACGCUGCAGGACGUCGCCUUUUUGCGAACGGCCAAUCAGAUCGCCGGGGGCUUCCCCGCCAGAAGCCGAGCAUGGCUACUACAAGGAUCAAAGGUAAAUCUACGAAGAAGGCAUCAACGCUUCCUGCUUCCACCAUAUCUCUUUCGGAGGACGAGCCUCAGGCAGCUGAUGAUUCAGACGUGGACGCCUCUCCCGUCCGCCCUACUGUCAAACCUCCCCCCUCCCGCGAGUUCAUAGUAGUCCAGCGCCCGACGGGCCAGAAGGUGGAGAAGAAGGCUGACAAGAAGGUCGAGAAGAAGGUGGAGAAAAAGGCCAAGAAGAAGGUGGAGAAGAAGGUCGGCAAGGAGGUCAUUUCCUUGAUGUCUAGUGAUGCUCGGUCUGGCUCAGAGGACCCGGACAAAGACCUGGAUGAAGACCUGGAUGACGCACCCAAUGACGACUCGGAUUACGAAGACAACGAUUCCUCCAAGAAACGGAAGGUGAAAUCAGAAGGCCCCUCUCGAGCAUCCAAGAAGAGGGUCUCACCAACUGUCGCGCCUGUAGAAAGGGCUGUCCCAAUGAAGAAGACGAAAGUACAAAUUGCAAAAUGCUUGCGGGAUGGUCCUGUCGACUCCCUCAAUGACAGUGCCACUAACAUCCUCGCCACACGCCCCUUGUCGCCCUCCUCACCCUCGCCCACUCGUCGUGGUUCAGCAGACUUGGUCCCGGACAACAUCAUGCGUGGGGAAUCUCUCGCGCCAGUCGCCAAGCCACCUAUCAUACAACCUCCAUCUAUGCAGCACGGGGAAUCUCUCAUGCCAGUCGCAAAGGUGCCUAGCACGCAACCUCCAUCCCGUCAGCAUGGAGAACCUCUCACGCCAGCAACUAAGUCGCCUAUCAUGCAACCUUCAUCCCUGCAGCCUGUGGCGAUUCCAGGCCAGCCCGCUCUGGCAGUCCAUCAAGAACACCGUGAUCCUGACGUGGAACUCCCCCCAACCAUAGCAACGCAUCAUGGGCGCAGUGAACAUGCCAUGGAAAUACCACGAUCCCACUAUGAGCGGCGUGUGGAGCCUGAGGCGUCAGCCAUGCCUACUGACAGAGAUGUCAAUGCCGAGGGUUGUGCCAUCAUGCGGCCGCAUGAUGCAGACGCGAGACCGGGUAUGUAUGGCCGCCCAAGAGGUCCAAUGAUGCCGCGGUUUGCACCAGGCUUCGCCUGCUACCCGCCGUUGGAUUAUUACCAUGAUCCUCGCAUGGCUCAUGCCCCCCAGGCCCCUCAUGCCCCCCAGGCCCCCCAGGCCCCUCAUGGUCCUCAGCCCCCUCAUGCUCCUCAGCAUCAGUAUCGCAGUGGUGGGUACCACGAUGCUCCCUACCACGACAAUCAAGAUGGAUACGAGGGAUACGUCGAGAGCUACUGGCACCCUCCCAGCCAUGCUUAUUUCGGUUCGGGAGGGAGAUACGAGCAUGGCUAUGGGCGGGAGUAUCCUAAUGAGUAUUCCAAGGACCAGGAGGAUGGACGGGCUCCUUAG